AAUUUAACAGUAACUAACUAAAUUGUACAUUAUUUUUUUUUUAAUUUUUAACAAUAACAAAGUAAAGAUGCAGCUGCAUAUUUUAUACAUUAUUUUAGCUUGUUUGGCACUUGGUUGUGACACUGCCGAAUUCAUGGGCAUUUAUCGUGAUGACAAAUUUCCUGGGAAAUGCGCCAUUACAGGAGAACUUGUAAUCGAUAAGGGAGUCACCAUUAAGGAUCCCACACACGAAUGUCGUCAAAUUGUGUGCGGCUCUCAAAGUAUUGCCAUAUUCCAAAGUUGUGGAGCUAUCAGUGGACUUCCAGGACAUUGUCGCUUUGGAGACUAUAUCAAUGCGAAUGAACCUUAUCCGCAUUGCUGCGAACGCAGUGUCAUCUGCAAUCAAAAGAAUCGCACUUGGAAAUAACAAUUAGCAGGCA